AAUAGACCUAAAACAAACGAUAUCGUUUCCACUGUUCUUGUUUAAGCAUUGAUGUUAUCGACCAAAUAACCAACAAAACAUACCCAUUCCUAACCCCUUCUCAUAAUCCAUUUCUUCAUCAUAAGCCAUACCCACUUUCAAUCUUUCUGGAAGCCAUGUCUGCAAUCUCGAAUUCAUCGCUGCUUUUACCCAAGAACAGAUCAGACCAAUUAUCAUCUGGUUCCUCUGUAAAGAAACUUGAUCAGGGCUUCACCAAAUUAUCGUUUGGGCAAAGUCGUGUUGGUAAUUUGCAAUUGCUCACAUCCAAAAGGACAUUCUCUAUCCAAGCAGGAUACAGUGAUGAUGGAAGAUCGAACAGUGGGAGUGCCUUCGUUGGUGGCUUUGUUCUAGGGGGAUUGCUUGUUGGCACACUCGGUUGCAUAUACGCACCUCAGAUAAGCAAGGCACUAGCGGGAGCCGACAAAAAGGAGUUGCUGAGGAAGCUGCCCGACUUCAUUUAUGAUGAAGAAAAAGCUUUGGAGAAAACACGCCAAAAAUUGGCGAAGAAGAUAGCAGAGCUGAACUCGGCUAUAGAUGAUGUAUCAUCUCAGUUGAAAUCAGAUGACGACGAGCCUGUUACUAAUAAUGGUGUUGUUCCUGAUGAAUCCGAAGCUCUUGCCUAAGAAUAUUAGGAUUGUGUUCUAAUUGUUCGACUUUUGAUACCGAAAUGUUUGAUUUUAUAAUUUUGUAUGUUAACAUGUGGUGAUGUUGGUUUCAUAUUGUUACAAUUUGUGUUUUGCUUUA